UCGGCGUUGUCUGCUGCUGCCGUUGCCGUGCUUGGCUCUGCUCGGGGGGAGCGGAAUGAGCCGUCACCUGGCUCGGCCUCGGCCUCGCGCACGCUGGGCAACCGCCGCCGCCCGCCGGCGACCCUCCUGCCGCCGCGGGGUUUCCCGCGCCCAGUAGUUACCGCCGCGGAGCGGCCCCGGAGCAGCGCCCGGAAUCCGCCUGCCCGGCCCCGCGAGCCCGGCAUGUGGCCCAGUGGGUGCGGGGGGCGCCGGCGCAGCCCGGCCUCUCGCCGCUGAGCCGGUCGCUGCAGGGCCGGGCCGGGCCGGGGGUGGCUGUGCCGUGACCGAGCGGCCCGGGGCGAGGAGCAAGGGGACGGCGCCUGCUGAGCUGGUGUGGGGGAAGCCAAGCGUGGACGCGCCGGUGGUUGGAUCGGCGCACGGCUCGGCGAGAGCUGAACAGCUCCGGUUUGCCGCUCUCCGGCUGCCCCGGUCCUGGCUGGCGGAUAUGAGAUGAUAUAAACUCUCCGGUCCGCUGUUAGAGGGACAAUGACCACCCCCGCUCUGCUGCCCCUGUCUGGGCGUAGACUCCCCCCCCUGAACCUUGGGACCUCCUCCUUCCCCCACCACAGGGCUACCUUGAGACUGUCCGAAAAAUUUAUCCUCCUCCUCAUUCUUAGUGCCUUCAUCACCCUCUGUUUUGGGGCAUUCUUCUUCCUCCCGGAUUCUUCCAAACACAAACGCUUUGAUCUGGGUUUAGAGGAUGUGUUAAUUCCUCACGUGGAUACCAGCAAGGGGGGCAAAAACCUUGGAGGCUACUUGAUCCACGGGCAAGGACACGAUGAGCACAGGCACAGAGAAGAAGAGGAACGCCUGAGAAAUAAGAUCCGAGCAGACCAUGAAAAAGCUCUAGAGGAGGCAAAAGAGAAGCUGAAGAAAUCUCGAGAUGAGAUUCGAGCAGAGAUUCAGACAGAAAAGAACAAAGUAGCCCAAGAAAUGAAGAAGAAAGAGAGCAAGCCUCUGCCACCUGUACCAGUACCAAACCUCAUAGGGAUAAACAGUGAAGACCCAACAGAUAAGGACAUCCGAGAGAAGAGGGACAAAAUUAAAGAGAUGAUGAAACAUGCCUGGGAAAAUUACAGGCAAUAUGGAUGGGGGCAUAAUGAACUCAAACCCAUUGCCAGGAAAGGACAUUCCACCAACAUAUUUGGAAAUUCGCAAAUGGGUGCUACCAUAGUAGAUGCUUUGGAUACUCUCUAUAUCAUGGGGCUUCAUGAUGAAUUCAGAGAAGGACAAGACUGGAUUGACAAAAACCUUGAUUUUAGUGUGAAUUCAGAGGUGUCCGUUUUUGAAGUCAAUAUUCGCUUCAUUGGUGGUCUUCUAGCAGCAUAUUACCUUUCAGGACAGGAGGUGUUCAAGCUCAAAGCAGUGCAGCUGGCAGGAAAGCUCCUUCCGGCAUUUAACACACCCACAGGCAUUCCCUGGGCAAUGGUGAAUCUGAAAAGUGGUGUUGGUCGAAACUGGGGCUGGGCUUCUGCAGGCAGCAGCAUCCUGGCUGAAUUCGGUACUCUGCACAUGGAAUUUGUCCACCUCAGCUACCUGACUGGGGACCCUGUCUACUACAACAAGGUCAUGCACAUUCGGAAGUUACUUCAAAAAAUGGACCGGCCUAAUGGGCUUUAUCCAAAUUAUUUGAACCCAAGGACUGGGCGCUGGGGUCAGCAUCACACAUCCGUGGGCGGGCUGGGAGACAGUUUUUAUGAAUACUUAUUGAAAGCCUGGUUGAUGUCAGACAAAAUGGACACGGAGGCAAGGAAAAUGUACGACGAUGCUAUUGAGGCCAUAGAAAGACAUCUUAUCAGAAAGUCUAACGGAGGACUGACAUACAUUGGGGAAUGGAAGAAUGGGCACCUGGAGAGAAAGAUGGGCCACCUCACCUGUUUUGCUGGGGGAAUGUUUGCACUUGGAGCAGAUGGUUCCAGAGAUGAUAAGGCUGGACAUUAUUUGCAACUUGGAGCUGAGAUUGCACAUACAUGUCAUGAGUCAUACGACAGAACAACAUUAAAGCUGGGUCCUGAAGCGUUCAAAUUUGAUGGUGGUCUAGAGGCAGUGGCAGUGCGGCAGAAUGAAAAAUAUUACAUUCUAAGACCAGAGGUGAUCGAGACCUAUUGGUAUAUGUGGAGAUUUACACAUGAUCCCAAAUACAGGCAGUGGGGCUGGGAAGCAGCACAGGCUAUUGACAAGUACUGCCGAGUCAGUGGUGGAUUUUCGGGGGUCAAGGAUGUCUAUUCCUCAUCUCCUGCAUAUGACGAUGUACAACAGAGCUUUUUCCUUGCUGAAACUCUGAAGUAUCUGUAUCUGCUUUUCUCCAAUGAUGACCUCCUGCCUUUAGACAACUGGGUUUUUAACACAGAAGCUCAUCCCUUGCCUGUUUUACAUUUAGCCAACACCACACUUUCAGGAAAUCCUGCUUAUCGAUAAAAACAGCUCCAGGAAGAAGAGGAGAGACUGCACUCAGCUGUGUUUUGUUUACAUGGACCACUUGAGACUUUAGGCUGGAGAGGAGACAGACAUUUAGUUAAUCUGAGUCAAGAUGCAGGGUGAGAAACAACCUCUGCCCCCAAAGCUCUUCAACCUGUAGAUAAGUAAACUCUGAAAUAAUUCCUUUUUAUACAUGACCAAAACAUGCUACUGGGGCAUUUGCAGGACAGAGACCUUGUGUGCUUUGAACCCGAACAGCAGAGUGGAGCCUGUUACUAGAUAUAGAGUCCAGCAGCCAAAGGAACCACUGGCUUCCUGGCCAGGGGCUGGAGUUUGCUGCUGCUGGCCUUUGCAAGAAACUGCACACUUGUCUCCUACUCAGAUGGGGUGUAUUCCAGAGACUAAGACAUUUGUUUUUUCUUUCUAUUUUGAUGAUGGCAUGAGCAAAGCAACAACAAAAAAGCAACGUAACUGCACCAGCAGCACCAGGAUUUGAAAUUUUUUCUGUACCUGUCUGACUUUUCUAAUCUGCAUCAGUUUGCCGAGACUGGCAGCCAUUCCCAGUGCCUCCUUUUCAUUUACCCCCUUCAUAACAAAGUCCAAAGACCUGUGAAGCACAAUCACGCCCAGAGAACAGUUACCAAGCAUUUGUUUUUGUAAUUAACUGGCAGCACUGUGCUGUUAGUUCACCACACAAGAUAUGGACACAGAGUAUGGAAGACACAGCUAAGUGUCCUGUUUCCCUUGAUCACCAAUCCUGUCAUAUGGAAAGGCCACACUCCCUUAUAUCAGUCCUUUUCUGCCACUUCCACAAAGAUAACAACAGAAAUUGCCCAUCCUGCUUUAUGUGGCAGACUGCAUCACAUUCACUGGGACACAGUUCUCUUUAGGUGAGAUAUAGUAGUUUGUAUCAUUGCAUUACAUUUGUCCAUGCAACGUGUGGUUUUCCUUGACUCUCGCUUUUAUUAUUUGGACAAUGCUCACAAAUCCUGCUUUGUAAAUCUGAAGUCUUGCCUUGUUUUUUGAGGUGUAUGGCAAGAGACCAAAACUGCCUCAGAUUUAGUUUAUUAAAACAAGUUUUAUCUGGGCCAUAAACUGCCCCAAUGCAAAGCCAACAUGAGAGUCUCUCUGGAAACAUGGUAAAAUCUAUUACACACCAAUAUACCACAUAACUCAAGUUAAUAAGGCUGUGUUACCUGCAUACAUUUGGUCUAGUUAUUACAUAGUCCUGCCCUGAGUGCAGGGGACUGGACUAGAUGACCUCUCGAGGUCCCUUCCAGUGCUACACUUCUAUGAUUUCCUCUGGACAUUGCUGGCUGAAGCAACCUCACUGUUCUGAGUUCAGGCCCAACAGCAUGAGUUAAGGGGGUAGUGCAUUUCAGUCUUCACUUACAGCAUACGUGUCCUGACUCUUGUCUCCCAUUACUGAGAAUCUCUUCUCAUCUAUAGAAUAGAAUCCUGUGCACUCAGAAAUAACGCCUGUUAACAUCAGUAGGGUUUGUUUAAAGUGAGUUUCACUUGCUGCUUUAAUUUCUAAACAUUUCCUUUCUUUCAGUUUUUCUGCUUAAGUGGGCAGCUCUGUACCAGGCAUCCUGUCUCGCUGACAGCUUACUAGAGAAAUGUCUUAAAUCAAUAUUGUAUGCAUAGACUGGAAUCAGAUUGUUGUUUACAUAUUUUAAGCAUUUCCUUUCCAGUCAGUUGGCAAUAAAACAACCUUAGAGAAGAUGGCUUAUUCAAUUAAAAGCAUAUAUAAGAUUCAUGCUAUUGGCCUUUGGGUCUGCCUACCAUGCCUCAGUGGGUAGAAUAGGAUAUUAAGUGUAAGUCAUUUAUUUCCACACACCUCAGCGCCAAAUUUCCAACAUGUUUGAGGUCUUAAAGGUGUCUCCAUUUUGUUUUCUCAAAAUACAACAAAAGGGCAAAGUACCCCAUCGUGGGCUAUAUUUAUUUAAAGAAACUCAAUCUUCAAAAGCAAAUCAUCUCUCCCCCCAGCCCCAGCACCUUGAGAGCUAAAAAGGAUUCUGCUCACCUCCUUUUUUAUUCUUCUUCUUCACAGCUCCGAAGGGCUGGCUGUAGAUCAUCGUAAGGUGCUUCUGCCCUCUUCACACCAGCAGAAUGAACAUGCUGCCUUUACAAUAGUCCUGUUGUAGCUAUGUCAGAUCACUGCAGAGGGAAGUACUAUUACUAGGCAGCCAGCCACGAAACACCUUUGUCUUUGAUUCCUGUGACAUUUUUAAUUAUUUGAGCCUUUCUGGGCUCUCAGUACUUCAUUCCCCUCAUGUCAGCUUAAAGAGAAGUUUGGGUUUUUUUGCUUUGACUGAGUUUUAAGCCCCUGAAAAUGAGCUUUCUAUAACAAGAACAUUGCCACAACAGGAACUCCAGGAAGGGAUGGAGACAGGAAAGUGCAGCCUACUGAGUGCUACAAUGAACUCCAUGGCCACCUUCAUCUUUGGUGCACAGCAGUGUCCUGCAGAACACUGUGUCCCCCCAAUAUGCAGUGUCUCAUCUUGGCCUGAGUGACCUGGCUACAAUCUGUUCCAUUUUGUAUAUCUAAAGUGGCAUUUAGUUUUUCCAUUUUUAGUCUCCAGUUCAGCAAAGCACAUAAGCCUGUGGCCUUAAUGCACAGACCAAGAACCAUGCAUGGAGAGAGAGAAUGGUAGAACCACUGACU